AUGAAGAUACACCUGAUUACCGCUGUUUUAGCAGGCUCUGCAACCUCUGCAAGGGCCGCGGUCGAUUUCAGACACGAUCACAAGAGGCACUCUCAUGGGCUUCUCUCAAACCUGGACAAGUUGAAAACACAAAGCGUGGCAGAUAUCUCCCUGAAGUCCCCAAAGCCAAGUGCUGCUCCCCUACCUCACGAUUCAGACAGUAUAAGCAGAAUUAGCCUCCGCGAAGAUGACUCUUGUUUUGAUCCCGCUGACUUCAAUUCUAGGCACGAUUAUACUAGCUCCCAUUAUAUGGUGGGUCAAACCACCAGUGCUCCGACGUCCCAAUCGACGAGUAGAAAUACAAAUCCCUCAAGUAUCACUGGCAAGGACCAAUAUGGUAUGACAUAUACUCCGUACACACAGACUGGAGGUUGUAAAAGCGCAGAUGAGGUAGCUGCCGAUAUUGAGAAGAUCAAGACCGCGGGUUUUAACUGUGUCCGUGUUUACUCGACUGACUGUAGUGCACUAUCCCAUAUCGGUGAGGCGUGUGAGCAGGAGGGACUUCAAAUUAUCCUAGGAAUUUAUAUUGAUCAAGCAGGAACCUCUGCUGCCGAGCAGCAAGUUCAGGAUAUUGCAAAAUGGGCAAAGUGGAACCGAGUCAAACUCAUUGUAGUCGGUAAUGAAGCAAUUCAAAAUGGCUACUGUGACGCGUCCGCACUAGCCGAGUUUAUCAAAAAUGCCAUGGCUACGUUCCGGGCCAGUGGAUACCGUGGAGAGGUCACAACCGCGGAACCGGUCAAUGUCUGGCAGAACUAUGGGCUGUCCAAUCUUUGUGGCGUUGUAGAUCUCGUCGGUGCGAACAUCCAUCCCUUUUUCAACGCUGACGUUGCGGCCGCCAAGGCUGGACAGUUUGUCUCAUCUCAAAUCAGCCUGCUUGAAGAAAUUUGUGAUAAUCUGGAAGUGGUCAAUCUAGAGACGGGAUGGCCGAACGCCGGAGAUCAAAACGGUGCAGCGGUUCCGGGAAUCACGGAGCAGAAUACCGCUGUCAAGGCCAUUGCUGAAGCGGUAGGCUCAAAUUCUGUCUUCUUCUCGUGGACCAACGAUCUGUGGAAAUCACCGGGAGACUUUGACGUAGAGCAGCACUGGGGAUGCGCGGCUGUGUUCCAGCAAUAG